AUCACCCCUCCUCGCACACUUCCAGCCGCCUCCUUCCCUCGGAACUCCGCCUCUCACCAUCGCGCCUCUCGCCGUCGCCGAAUCCCUGUCCAUCUGCAGCCUGCAGAACGUGUUGCAGGAAGUUAGACGAACAUUGGAUUAAACAUGGCUCAAUUGAUAUCGUCUUCUAGCUCCCUGACUAUCUUCUCUAGAAACAAACCUUACUUAAAACCUUUCAACCAAUGUUCAAUGUCAUUUUCGACCUCAGCUGCUUGCAACAGCUCCACAUAUCCAUUUAGAAAGCUUUUCUUGCAACGACAGAAACCGAGAAAAAGUUUGGUAUUACAAGUUAGUGCAGUUUCAACUAGCAUAGAAACUCCAGUUCAAACUAGCUCUGGUGAACCUUCUAAACCACAGCGAGUCAUGGUCAUUGGUGGAGAUGGUUAUUGUGGUUGGGCAACUGCUCUUCAUCUGUCUAAGAAGGGUUAUGAAGUUGCGAUUGUUGACAACCUUAUUCGACGUCUCUUUGAUCACCAGCUUGGAUUGGAUUCUCUAACACCGAUAUCCUCCAUUCAAAAUCGGAUCCACUGCUGGAAAUCUCUCACUGGAAAAAGUAUUGAGCUCUACAUUGGUGACAUAUGCGACUUUGAGUUCUUAACGGAAACAUUCAAGUCAUUUGAACCUGAUGCUGUUGUCCAUUUCGGGGAGCAGCGAUCUGCACCUUACUCUAUGAUAGAUCGGCCAAGAGCUGUGUUUACGCAACAGAAUAAUGUUAUCGGUACACUGAAUGUUCUUUUUGCUAUAAAAGAGUUCAGAGAGCAGUGUCAUUUGGUUAAGCUUGGGACCAUGGGUGAAUAUGGUACUCCAAAUAUUGAUAUCGAGGAGGGUUAUAUUACCAUUACUCACAAUGGAAGGACAGAUACUUUGCCGUAUCCCAAGCAAGCCAGCUCAUUCUAUCAUCUAAGCAAGGUUCACGAUUCACAUAACAUAGCCUUCACUUGCAAAGCUUGGGGGAUUCGAGCAACUGAUCUGAAUCAAGGAGUGGUAUAUGGAGUAAGGACAGAUGCGACUGCAAUGCAUGAAGAGUUGUGCAACAGAUUCGAUUAUGAUGGCAUAUUUGGAACUGCAUUAAAUCGAUUCUGUGUUCAGGCUGCCGUCGGUCAUCCACUUACUGUAUAUGGUAAAGGAGGCCAGACUCGGGGCUAUCUUGACAUAAGAGAUACAGUUCAAUGCGUGGAGCUUGCCAUUGCGAACCCUGCAAACCCUGGGGAGUUCCGAGUCUUCAACCAGUUUACGGAGCAGUUUUCAGUCAAUCAACUAGCUGCCCUUGUUACAAAAGCUGGUGGGAAACUUGGGCUCAAUGUGGAAACCAUAACCGUGCCAAACCCGAGAGUGGAAGCAGAGGAGCAUUACUACAAUGCCAAGCACACUAAGCUUGUUGAGCUGGGACUCAAGCCACACCUUCUUUCAGAUUCUCUCCUUGAUUCACUGCUCAACUUUGCUAUCCAGUACAAAGAUCGUGUUGACAGGAAGCAAAUCAUGCCUAGUGUUUCUUGGAGAAAAAUUGGGGUCAAACCGAAAACUGUCACAGCCUAAGAAUGUGGAGUCUUUGCCGCUUUUACUGUAUCUUGCAUGAUUAUGCUUCUUGGUUCGAUAAGGGUAUGUUAUGAUGCUUUGAAUUGAUUAUUUUCAAAUGGCAUGAUCCAUUUCUGUGUAGCCUUCGUAUCCUAGUGUAUUAUAUAGGGUAGACAUUUGUGCUCCCAAGUACUUUCUCAUCAGAGCAUUGUAUGUAGUAAGUUCCUGUGCAGUGUCCUUAUUUAAUAUGGAUGUAUUGAUUUGUUGCAUACCUAAAGAGACCAGUGAGUUUCAAAGGCAGAAUGACAAAUGAUGAUGCCAAUUAGCAAUUUAUUAAA